GGGACCAAAGUUGUGUUUUGAGAGAAGAGAGUAAAGUGGGAGCCUGGAGGCAGCAAAAGCAAACAUUGAAGAGGUAGAGUCCCAAACGGGUUUGCUCACAAGAAACAAACCGUCCCAAACACUCUCUUCUUCUUCUUCUUCUUCUUCUUCCCGCCCUCUUUCUCUGCAUAGAUUGAUUAGAGAGAGAAGACGUGGCGCUUUGCGAUUUCAUUAAUCAAUAGUUGAUUAGUCGGCCGACGAAGGCGUGAUUGGUGGGUGAUCUGUAAGUACCUCUGUCAGUGCUUUUCAAGCAUUGAGGUCUGUGUUGAUUCUGGCGUGCCCCCGGCUAGGCCUUGUUUGUUUGAGUAAAUGGUGCACACCUGUAUUUUUGGAUGCAAUUGGUGGCUGUCUUAGUAUAAGAAGCUGAAAGCUGUUACUACUUCACAAUGGGUAAUGCUUGUUUUGUUGCUGCCCGAGAUAAAACUGUACAAAGUGGACCGACCAAUGAGAAUUCGCUUCGAAAUAUUCGAAAUUCUCCGACAUGGAGCUUUCGUUGGGAUCAUCGAGGACGUGUAGCCGGCGAAGACACUUCUAUAAACUGGUUUUCUGAUGGUAACAGCAGGAAUGGUGGAUCAGAGACUAAAAAUGAAUCAGGACGCGUAUUAGAGAAUGGAAGUCCGGCACAGAAUUGUCAACUGAAUACAUGCCAAAAAUCCCCAAUUUCUGAAGGGACUGGUGCAAAUGUUAGAGAUUCAACUUCAGAUCUAUUUAUUUCACGGUCUGUUUCUAUUGAUGUGAGCAUGCAACAGGCAAAUGGGUUGGGAGAAUCAUCGUUAGCAUCUUGGCCAUCUCCUACAAAACCACCAUUGCGUUCAACUUCAUUGUCAGCAUCUCCUUUAUCGUCCCAAUCUCACAUGCUUCCACCUAGCUUUACCCCAUCAAGGUGUACCGGCCAGUCCCCAGGACACCAGCCAUUAUGGCAAACUUCUGAUAUCCAAAGGCAAGCCUAUAAGUUGCCCGGCAGCUUCUCUCUGUCUGAGGAAAGACCCGUGUUAUCUUGGAGCAACGGAUCAGGAAUGCACUCCCGUGGGGGUUCUUCAGAUGGUUGGUCUACUGUACCACCUGGCUUUCCAGAGCUGAUGGGAACUCCACAAAGACAAAGAUGGUCACUUGAUAGUGAGUCCUUUGGUUCGAACCGUGAAAGGUUAGUUAGAUCCAGUAGUUGGUUUUCAGCCUCACCAGUUGAUUUGAGAACAUGCAACUUUUGCUCAAAGGUUCUAAAGGAGAAGUCUCCUUGGAGCACCCAAAAUAUAUAUUCAAAUAAUGACCUUUCUGUAGUCGCUGUUCUUAUCUGUGGACACGUCUAUCAUGCUGAAUGUUUGGAGAAUAUGACAUCUGAUAUUAAUAAGUACGAUCCAGCUUGCCCAGUUUGCAGUUUUGGUGAGAAACAAACUAUGAAGCUGGCAAAAAAAGUUCUGAAAGCUGAAAUGGAUUUGAAGGCUAGAAACAAGAGACCGAAGAAUCAGGUUGAGGACGGUGAUAUUGAAUAUUAUAUUGAAAAUAAUGAUUCUGUUGUGAUUGAUAGCUUUAAAGUGAGAGAACCUAAAGGUAAAGGCAAAGGCAAAGGUAAAGGUAAAGGUAAAGGUCCUCAGAUGGACUCCAGUUCCCAUGGGAAAAUCUCCUUCGGGAAACCUUUUCUGAGACGACACUUUACCUUUGGAUCAAAAGGUUCCAGAUCCAUGUUAGAUAGUCACCCUACAAAAAAGAAGGGCUUCUUUUGGACAAAAUCUAGCAAAGCAUAAGCUGCAUCUUGGUUGUUGGGAGGCUCCGCUCCACUGUGAAUAAUCUCUGCACCCUCAAAUGGAUUAUGGAGUAUCUAGCUAUAUACUAAUCCGUGAUUUGAAGAAAACUAGAGGCUGAAGUUACUCUGUAAAGAACACAUACAAGUAUCUUUUUGUGCCGUACAGGUCGAUUUGUUUAUUGUGUAUGGAUGGAUAUAAUUCAUAUAAAUGAUGUUAUGUUUGUCCAUGAUUCUUCUUAUGCCAACAGCUCGAUGGUGUUUCUGGUGUCUUGGGCAAUAGUCUUCACAGAUUCAUAGGCAAUACUAAUUAUUUUGAUUGACUUUGGUUGGUUCUUUUAAUAAAAGAAAAGUUUCUGAUAA